ACACACACACACACACACACACACACACACACUCCUUUAAGUUUAAAGAUGGGAUGGAGUGAUGUCACCCCACUCCAGUGUGGGCAUUCAUUCCAUAAGCAGUGUGUUUCCAAAGCGAUGCUGUUCACCAAAACGCAAAAGCAGCAUUGCGCACGGCGUCGUGUCAGCAGGGGAGCGACUUUACUCAUGGAGCGUUGGAUUGUGAACUCUGUUCUUCUCACAGUGAUAUUUUCGUAAUUCCGUGUGCCCGUCGAGGAUGACCUGUAAUGAAGGAUUUGCUGUUUAGGGAAAUGCAUUUGUACAGGCACUGCGUCAUAUGUAGGCUACACUUUGUUUGCACUGACCAGGAGCGUUACGCGCAACGUAUCUCCACGAGUUGGACGGCAGCUCAGCGCACCCAGUCUUAGCUGUUUUGGAAAGGAAACGGGUGCACAACCACAAACAUGAUACGAAAGGACAAACUGGAGCCAGAAUGGAUUUAACCCAGGUCAAUCUGUUGCUGGAAAACGUGUCAAACGAUGAGAACACCACGGACGCACCGCUUGGCUUGCCACACACGGAGGCAGCCACUGCGCUCAUCAUACUGGUAGUUACUGUGAUCAUUUCGGUGACCAUUGUCGGUAACGUGUUGGUGAUUGUAGCGGUGCUGACCAGCCGGGCUCUCCGUGCGCCCCAGAACCUUUUCCUGGUCUCUCUGGCAUCAGCGGACAUCCUGGUGGCCACGCUGGUCAUCCCGUUCUCCCUCUCCAAUGAGGUAAUGGGCUACUGGUACUUUGGAAGUACUUGGUGCGCCUUCUAUCUGGCUCUGGACGUGUUGUUCUGCACUUCAUCUAUCGUGCACCUGUGCGCCAUCAGCCUGGACCGCUACUGGUCAGUGACAAAGGCGGUCAGCUACAACCUGAAGCGGACACCUAAGCGCAUCAAGUCCAUGAUCGCUGUGGUGUGGGUUAUAUCAGCUGUCAUCUCUUUCCCUCCUCUUCUCAUGACCAAACAUGAUGAACGGGAGUGCCUGCUGAACGAUGAGACCUGGUACAUCCUCUCCUCCUGCCUGGUGUCCUUCUUCACUCCGUGUCUCAUCAUGAUUCUGGUUUACUGUAAGAUCUAUAAGGUGGCAAAACAGCGCUCGUCCACCGUGUUCGUGGCCAAGAACGGCCUGGAGAGGCAGCCCUCUCAGUCCGAGACCUGUUUCGACAGGAAGGACCGGUUCGAGACGGAGAGCCCCAGUAGCCAGAGCUCCGGCAGCCACCAGCAGAGGCAGGGGGAGCUGGAUGACAUUGACCUGGAGGAGAGCUGCUGUCCGUCGGAUACUAAACCCCGCAAUCAUCGCUUCAGUAAGCGGAGAAAGGUGGAGGGGUCAGACUGCUGCCCGCCCCAGAACUGCCGUCUCUCCUGGGCUUCAGCACGGGCGUUACAGCUCUACCCGGAGCAGAAGAACCCAGCUGUGCGCCAACAGCUGGCCGCGGCCAACAAGACCAAAGUGGCCCAGAUGCGGGAGAAACGUUUCACCUUCGUCCUGGCGGUAGUGAUGGGGGUGUUUGUGCUUUGCUGGUUCCCCUUCUUCUUUACUUACAGCCUGCAUGCAAUCUGCAGAGACAGCUGCUAUAUCCCUGGCGGACUUUUCAACCUUUUCUUUUGGAUUGGCUACUGCAACAGUUCUGUGAACCCCAUUAUAUACACUAUUUUCAAUAGGGAUUUCAGGAAAUCCUUCAAGAAAAUCAUAUGUGGAACAUCUAAACGCACAUAAGGGAUCUCAUUCAAUGGGAAGGAAUUAUAUCAUUAGAACUCAUUUUCACGACUUGUUUUCCCUCCCCAAAUUCAUUUUAAUGUAGCCUACUGUCAAAACAGAUCCAGUGUUGUGUGCUUAUUUAAAAGUCAAUGAAUAAAAUGUUAAGCAAAAGAGCAAAACAAAAGAGAAAUAUUUUUAGUGCAUCACUGUUGCAAAUGUAAUGCAACAUCAAACAUGGUUUUUGUAUAAUACGUCCUGUAACCAUGCACCUUUAAGAAAGAAAUAUCUGUAUUGCAUCAAUCUUUUGUGCUAUAGCAAGCAGGAGGAAAGAGCUAUUUCAGGGUAAAUUUGAAGUCAUGAAUGUAGCUGGAUUUCAGUGCUGGUUCACAGGUGGGAGGGGGGGGGGGUUGUUUAAAGAUAAAAAUGAGAUUAAUCUGCACCAUAUAUAAGAUAUGAUCAUGGGGAUGAGCAGGCAAGCAAGUAUUGCCUGUGAGUGUAUGUCAUGGAAAAAAAAUGUAUUCAAAUCCUGAAAGAUGUGGGUUCAUCAUCAUGUGUAGAAUGUUGCAUUGUAGAAAUGUUAGUAUUUUGGACACAUAUUAAUAUUUGUCUACAGUUUAAGCUACAGCAAGGCCAUUUCAGCCAUUUGUUAUCAGUGAACCCCCACAUUUAUGUAAGAGUCUAAUCUCACACCCCCACCGCACCAUCACACCACCUCACACCAGGACGAUAAGCUGUGCAAAAAUCUAUUGGAAUAAUCUGUGUUUCAUUUCAACACCUCACAAUACAUCAGUAUUUUGUCAGUACAUAUUUACAUAUAAUAUGAUAUUUACACAAACUGAUUUCAGUGUCAUGUGACAGAAAUCAGGUCUAGGUUGUUCAGCAAAUAUUACUUUCAUUGUGUUGUAAAAAUGUUUUUAUUCUCUUACAAAUAAAAUGUUACCGGCAAGAUGAGAAAAAGGAAUUCCAGUAGAUUUGACUGUCGGUGACAUUCCGGAACGUACCAGAGGAAGGAUGCUCACAUUUGACACAGCCAAAAAUACAAAAUGUCCUGCUCCAUCAAUCUUAAAAAUAACAUUUAUGGACACAGUUCUUGUGAGAUGAGGAGAGCUGGACCUCCAUCUAGCAUCAAAUCUCUGUGGUUCAAUAAGAGAGCUUAAUAUCUACAAGCCAAGCCUUGGGCUGUUAGUAAUCCUCUGCUUUAUAAAGCUGUAGAAAAAGUCCUACAAAUUAUAACUUCAGCUAUCCUUUAACUUCCCACCUCUUACAAAGAUAUAGAUAUAAAUCACAGCAGGAGCACAUCUCCAAAUUGUAUGGGGAAAAUAUGUGUAAAGUUACUACAUUACUACAGGUUACAUUCAGUACAUGAAAAGGAAACAUUGUGGUUAUAGGGUAUAUUUGUACUGCACAGCACUGUUUCUCAUACAGCCUCAAACUGUGGUUGCUUCAUGAUGCUUCUGGCGUAUAGAGUGUAUGUGAAAUGUUGAAUGUACGAGAAUGUACGAAGCUUGCAUGAGAAGUUCCUGUGCUUCUCUGAAAAAACUCUGGUUAGCAAGAAGAAGGCUGGCCAGCUCCAUAUCAGCCUACUGUCUGCAUGGGGGUUCUUGGGAUAGACACACUAUUUAUAUAAUGUUAGGAAUGUCUUCAAAGCACUCCUCCCACUCACUGGUGCCUUGCCAAAAAUAAUAACCCUGUUUGAGGAGUUGUUGUGCUUAAAAAUGAUAUUUUUUAAAGUUCAAUGUUUUUUGUGUGAAGUGUGCCCAUAGUCAUGGGGGUGUUGUUGAAAUAUCAUUAAGUGUAACAAUAGUGAAGUUUACUUUUCCUCUUGAUGUGCUGCACCAUUAUACAGGAACAUAAUUAGUCUGAGAGAAGUGAGGCUGGUGAGAGGAAACUUUAUCUCAAAGGGAUUCAAAAACUAUUGAAACAAAUGAACUCUCCGGGCCGAGUCACACUCACAGGAAGCGGCAAAAUUAGCUUUGUAUCUUCAUCUUGAAGAAUUACUGGGAUAAAAGUGAUGUUAAUUGGAACAACUUAAUGUUGUGUACAUGUUAAAUGUAAUUUAAUUUCUCUAGACAGCAUGGCCAUCCCUCUUAAAGCCUGUUGCAUUAUCCCAGUGGGGAAAUAUUUUCACGCGUAUGUAAUUUUCUUUCUGAUAGUGUACUGAUUACUAUCCGACAAGACAUGCAACUCCCUUGUUAAAUCUCACUUUCCAAUUCAAUUAUCUUUCUAAUCAACUGCUCCGUUGCAGCGAGAACGGAGCACAAAGCUUUUAAUAACAUUUUAAUGUUAUUUUCAGUCAUGUGUAAAUCUCUCUAGGCAUGUCUCCUCACACACUUUAGCUCUGUUACAUCUUUUGUUUCAGAGUCCAAAGAGAACUAUGCGUUGAACAGCAUGGCAUGUUCAGGCUUAUUAUCUUCAUUUUCACCUUAAAAGAAGGUUUCACGCAAGACUAAACAGGGAUCCCUCACAAUACUUCACUGUUCAUGAGAUAAAUGCUCUGCUAAUUGCAUUUCUAUUCAAGACAAAGUUAGUAGUUAGUUUGGCCUCUGUUGAUUUGCAGGCCUCUCUUACCGAGCCUUUUAUUUAUCCCAGACAGUAAACAAAGUUAAAGACUAGUUCAGGAAGAGAAGCAGAGCUGUGGCAGCCUCAACCUCCCAAAUUAUUUUCUAAAGGCUUAAUGAAAGCAACAGACCAACUGGACAGAGUCACAUCAUUUCCUGGUGUUAGAUGCUAAAGGGAAAGCUUUAUUCGGGCCUUUUUAAAGGGGAAGAAGAGCUGGCUGCCAGGUCAUUUUAGAGUCAGCAGCGGACGCAAGGCUAUUUUCAGUCUCAAUAGGAGAUGUGGUUUUAAAUGUUUCAAGAUGGGUGCAGCCUCUUAGGACGAAAGAGAGAGAGAAAGAGAGAGAGAGAGAGAGAGAGAGAGAGAGAGAGAGAGAGAGAGAGAGAGAGAGAGAUGCAGAGAGCAGUUGCUUGUUAUCCUCUGCUAAAGCUAUAUUACCUUGUUUGUCAGGUACAAUGCGGCAUCUGCGGGUAAUUGCUUUUUUCAAUUGUCUCUAACAAGAUAAGGGCUGGAGAUGAGCAAGGCGAAAACUCGCGUCAAUCCCAGGAAGCUGGAGAAUAGAUCUGGAGAAGAAGAGCCAGUUUGUCAUUAUUGAAAUCAGCUGGUGUCACGUCCAAGCGAUAGUGGGAGGUGCUAUCCUAUAUUUUUCUUCAAAUCCAAUGAAAAAUCAACCAUUAAUUGAUCCUAUUAACCUAUUAAGUAUUGUCUGUACCAUCGUGCUGCUGUAAAUACUAACUAGCACACCAAAUCUAAAAAAAAAACAUAAUUUACUCCUCUUUGAGUUACAUUUGCUACAAGCUACAGAAACCAGCUGUUUUCAAUAGCCAAUCCAUUAGCCUUUUUUUUUUUUAAUACUGAAACUAUAGAUUUGUGACCAGUUUUUAAAUAUGUACGUCUUUAGUAGGAACUACCAGGCUUGGGAUUGAGAGCCACAGACAUGCUGGGGAAUUCAGAAAGUAUUGAGAAACAAACCAAUUGGUUAUAGUCUUUUUAUGGGAUUUGUUGUCAAAAGUUAAGAUAUAGAAUAUUGCCAGCCUGAUCCUUUCAAACUAAAGAAAUCCAUAUGAAAGUAGACCAACAAGCUGAUUGAACCAAAAUCUCUUGUCGAUUAUGCUUAUAGGCUAUAACACCUUCAAACAACUUCUGUUCUUGUAACUAAAGAAACAACUUUGGGGUGUGAUUGAUGAUUCGUAGUGGGUUGUGAACUUUUCAGUCCCUUAAGGUGCAACUUUAUCCAUAGACUUAUCUCUUAUCUUGUUCUGUUGCCUGACUUGUUGUUUGUAAUCCUGCAUUAGGUACAAAAAGGUAGUUAUUCAAAGAGAGAUCUGAAUAAACAGGAUGUGUAUCUGUUUCCUUAGCUAUCAUUUAUUUUGUAUCCCUUAAUGAGUAUUGUAUAUUUGUUUGAAAACUAUUUGAAUGCAGAGAUGUUUCCCUCAACUAUCUUUCCAUUUCAUAUUCAAGUAUUUGCAGUCUCAAAUUAUUCAAGAAGAGGGAGUGUGCAACUGAACAUUUAAGGAAUUCCUGGAGCUCUCCCUGUGCAAGAUUACCUCGACGAAGAAAGACGCACAUAAGGUGGACAGUUGGGCUUCUGUUAUUCCUGAACCUUGUAUUGCUGUUGUUUGUCUUCACACAUCAGUGGGAGAUAUUGUAUUCAUCCCCACACACUCUAAUUCAUAAAGUGAACAUGCUUCAUCGGCAGUCUGUGUGAGAUUAAAUCUUCUUUUGUUUCUA